CUGGCCAGCAAAGGCCCUGGCCCACUUUCGAUUCUAGAUCUCUUGCCAUGGUGGCUUGCAGCUGCGAUGACUUUGUUGAGUUGGGUGAUCCUGUGGGGUGCUGCAGGCCGGGAGGUGCGUCUUCCUUUGGAAUACCCGCGCUUCCACUCAGAGCAGCUCCUGUCUGCGAAGCAGUGCCGCACCCUCCGCCGCCGGGCCACCGGCGGCGCGGGCGCUUUGCGCUUCGGAGAGGCCUCGGUGGGCAGCGGCGCGGUGGGCUCGGCGGCGGUGGGCAGCGAGCGGCGGUCCCGAAGGGCACAGUUUGCAGGAGUUCCAAAGGAGAGCUUCUUCUACGGCCAGAUUUAUCACCGCCUUUGGCGCUUCAUCAAUGCUACAAACGAGCGGUUUUGGCGCUUUCCAGUGGCUCCAGGAUCCUUGGAGAUCAUGCAAUAUUCGAUCUAUGAUUCCAAGGAUUUGGGUACCUACAAUUGGCAUGAGGAUGUUGGCUUUCACUCCGAGACUGUUGCGCGGGUACUCUCGGUAAGUGUGCAGGUUUCCAGCGCAGAGAGCUACGAUGGCGGAGAGCUGCAACUUCGUUAUGGCGAUCGUGUGGCCGCUCGGCGCCAGCUGGAGGAGACUCGUGACAGCGCCAUCCAGAAAGUCAAAGGAUGUCGAACGAAGGAUUGGAGGGUGGCGGUGAUGUUCCUACGAUUUGUGUUUGGAGCGAUUUGGGGUUUCCGGUUUUUCCCGGCUAUUCCGGUGAUUCCUGGGGUUCGUGUUUUUCCAAGGGUGGAUCUAAAUGGAUCUCAAAGGAUUGAUCAUGGAGCAUAUGGAUGUUGGAGCAUCAAGGAUGAAGGCCACUGAACUUGGACGUCUUAAAGAGGCCCAGGGUUCGCCCAAGGGACCCCAGCCCAAGGCUCUGAGAGCCCCCACACCGGUCCAUCCUCUUGAGGUCAAUGCUUCCAAGGAGGUGGGGACCGCCAUCAUCUUCCCGUCCCACG